UCAAAUCAAACCAUAAAAAUUAGUCGAUUUUUCUCAAAGCAAGAUAACUGCUGGGCAAUUUAUUAAUUAUCGUAUUUGACGAGUAGAGCACAAGUAUCUAUCUGCCGAAGGCCAGCUGAUGUGGGUCGAAGAUUAUUGGCCCAUCUGUUCAGAUGCAUUGUUCCCAUAGCAACGAAAAAGCACCAUGCCCAACCAUGCAUGCAGAAAAAAAAAAUUACAAAACUACAAAGUUAACAGUCGUAUUUCUGAAACAAAAAAAAAUGAAAAAUAAUUUUUUUUACUCGUAGUGCAUGAGACACACGCGAAUCAUUACUAAACCGAAUGGGGUUAUAUUACAUAAACUGUCACAAUGAAAAUUUGAAUACAAAAACGGUGUCAAACUGCUGGAAGGAGAGCAUGCUAAACAAGAAAAAAAAAUAUCUCAUGUCGAAAGGGUGGGUGCCAAAACACGCCUAUGACGUAGACUUUAGUUCUCCCGUUUGGGGCUAAUUCAAUUGUCUCUCCAAUCGGCCUAUGAAUAUCGCGCUAUCUUGGAUUAAUCAAUUUAGCCAAAUCGAGCCAGUUUCCAACAAUGUUAUCAGGGCUGGGCCAUGUGAUUAAGUCGGUACUGGGGCACUACCUCGCAUUGUCUUUUGAACUCUUGAGAUCAAGAAGGAUUAUACUGUACGCUGCUUGGUUACAUGAGGAGUUCUUCCUUGUUGUUUACGAACAUUGUAUAGUGGCACUCAGUUGUACCAUCUCUGGCAAUCUGGGCGUGUCUGUAUAAUAAUAAUAAUAAUAACACACACUUGCAAAGAAUUACGAAACUGCAAAGCAAUCUUCAUCUCCUUCGCCUAUGCAACAGCGCACACUCUACACAGUUACUACACUUACUCCACUUGAAAAAUCAUCACGACGAUUGAAACGUAAAUCAGAAAUUUGGGUAUACUUUGGUCUGUCAUGCAAUGAGUACUCAGACUGGUGCACAGCGUUUUGUCGUCAUAUAAACGUUUCUAUCGUGUGAAUACUAGUUCACAUAAGGAGUAGAAAUCCAAUUAUCAAAUGUAAGAUAACCAUUACCUUUCAUCUGUUAAUUGAACGUUACUUAAGGAAGAAAGUAAAGCUA